GAAACAUUUAGCAAGUAAAAGACUCCCAUCUGCUGGCCAAAGGAAGAGAAACGUCACAGAAAAACAGGAAUAUCUGCACAAUGUUAUUAAUAUCAUCUGCUUGUUCCAGCUCUUCAAAUGAAGCAAUAUGAUGUUCACAAAGGGUUAACAGGAAGCACAAAGAGGACUGUCGAUUGCUGUCUUGGGAACAGGGACAGAAGGAGAAGAGGAAAACAUUCUGGUGCUGUUUUGUUGAAUUAAGGAAACAAAGUGUGGUCAGUUUGAGGUGUCCAAGUGGAAGUUGCAGCCACAAAAAAAAAAGAAACAUGGAGAGGAAAGAGGAGGAUGACAAGAAGGAGAAGAAAGACGAGGAGGUGGUGCACCUGCGGAGAGAGAUCGGCCUGCUUCCCGCUGUGUGCUUCAUCAUCGGUACAGUGGUUGGCAGCGGGAUCUUCAUCGCACCCAAGGGAGUCCUGAUGAAUAGUGGCAGUGUGGGGCUCUCUCUGCUGGUGUGGGCGCUGUGUGGGGUCCUCUCCUUGUUUGGGGCCCUGUGCUAUGCUGAACUUGGCACCAGUUUUACAAAGUCAGGGGGCCAUUACACAUAUCUAUUGGAGACACUGGGGCCGCUGCCUGCCUUCUUAAGACUCUGGGUUGAGUUCUUAUUCAUCAGGCCAGCUGUGUCUUCCUAUGUGGCCCUGGCUUUUGGUCGCUAUGUGGUGGAGCCAUUCUUUGCACCUUGUGCUGCUCCCACAGUGCUGAUCAAACUGGUCAGCAUCCUCGGACUGACGUUUGUCGUAGCGGUCAACUGCUGGAGCGUGACCACGGCCUCUCGCACCCAGGUCACCUUGACUUUCAUUAAGAUGUUUGCCCUGGUCCUCAUCAUCAUCCCUGGUAUCAUCGCACUGGCCAAAGGAAAGACAGAAAAUUUCCAGAAUGGUUUUGAGGUUGACUUAUUAACAUUGGACAGGUUGCCACUGGCCUUCUACAAUGGCCUAUAUGCCUACGGUGGAUGGUUUUAUCUGAACUUUGUCACAGAAGAGGUCAUUAACCCAAAAAGAAACCUCCCGCUGGCAAUAAUCUGCUCCAUGGUGACAGUGACAAUCUUCUACGUGCUUAUUAAUGUGGCCUACUACACCGUGAUGACUCCCGCUGAGCUGCUGCUGUCUGAAGCCGUCGCUGUGACGUUUGCCAACCGUGCACUCCAGGGUUUGGCUUCUGUGAUUCCCAUUCUUGUGGCCCUAUCCUGCCUUGGAGCACUUAAUGGUGGCUUCUUUGGAUCACCCAGGAUGCUGUUUGUGGGUGCCAGAGAGGGCCACUGGCCACACAUCUUUUCCAUGAUUCACAUCCGCAGACAUACACCUUUGCCUGCCGUGCUGUUUCUGUACCCCUUGGUGGUGUUGAUGUUAAUCACCGGAGAAAUCUACGAGCUCGUCAACUUUGCCUCCUUCACUCGCUGGUUCUUCAUCGCCUUGGCAACCUUGGGGAUGCUCAUCCAUCGAUAUCGCUUCCCCCUCCACCCAAGACCUUUCAAGGUGCCACUGGCCAUUGCAGUCACCUUCACAGUGGUUUGCUUCUUCAUCGUGGGUCUGUCUCUGUACUCGGACCCCUGGAACACAGGGUGGAGCUGUGCUCUCACCUUGACUGGUGUCCCAGUUUACUAUUUGACCAUCUACCGCUUUCGCUUGCCCCAAAGAUGGAGACACAUCUUCAACUACUGCAGCAAGCAGUUGCAGAUCCUCCUAGAGGUGGCUCAACAGGAAGUCAAGACAUACUGAAGACCACCCCAAAGACGUCCUGCUCUCUACUGGCAGGCCCCAGUGAUACCACAUUAACAAUCCUUUUUUUUAUGUCCACAGAGAAAACCAGCAUGUUUCAAAUGUCCAUUUUAAGUUUUGUUUUCAGAUAUUUGUAUGUGUUUCUAGAAAACUCCUGAAACAAGUGGAACUGCACUGACUUCUGUAGAAUUUUAAAAAUAGGAUUGUAAUACUCUAGUAGACUAAUAAUCAUGAUGGGCAAUUUUACGGUGUCAGUUUUUAACAGACAUUGCCA